AUGUUGGGAGGUGACCUCUAUGAUCAAGAUGAUGCUGACGAGUUUGCUUCAGAUUUUAUGACGAUGUUACUUACAGUAUCUUCAAAUCCUAACACAACUAUACAACAACUUCAAGUAAAAUUCAAACCCAAUAUCGCAGGUUUGUUUAAGGAGAAGAGCUAUAUUGGUUUUAUCGAUGUAGAUGUUUCUGUAGAUAGAAAUGCAAAGAAUAUUCAGAUAGGAAAAAUAUCAAUCAACUUUAAAGAUGUUAAAAGCGUUCAUACCGAAAAAGGUAAAGGCAGAAAAACGUUAGUAAUACAAUCAGCAUCAAAAACCUAUCGAAUUACUUACCAAACUGAUGAUAAAACUGUUUUACCACUGGUGAAUUACAUUCUACGAGUUAAUGGUGGUCGAAAAGAUUAUUAA